CAGCGCUGGAAGAGGCGGAGGCGGCGGCCGCUCAUGGCAGCGCUCGGCUCUCCCGCGGACAAAGGGAGCCGGCGGGCCGGGGGCUGAAGCGGCCGGAGGAGCCCCCGCGGAGGCGGGCAGCCACUGGGCCAAAACCAAAACAGGGCCGAUGACAUUCGGUCAAGAACCUGGGGAGUUGCCGUGAGAUGGAAAGAGAGAACUGGGAGAAAACCCCCAUCGAGAGAGUCCCCUUGUUUUCACAGAGGGCUUCUCUUCCUGUUAGCAAAUUAGGCUGCAGAAUUGCACACCUGGGUGAGGGACGCCCACCAUGAAGCUGAACGAAAGGAGCCUCUCCUUCUACGCCACCUGCGCCUCUCCGGCUGACCACGCCGGCUUCUUGCACAAGAAAGGCGAGCGGAACACGGCCUACCACCGGCGCUGGUUCGUGCUGAGGGGCAACAUGCUCUUUUACUUCGAGGAGCGGGAGAGCCGGGAGCCCGUGGGCGUCAUCAUUCUGGAGGGCUGCACGGUGGAGCUGUGCCAGGCCAGCGAGGAGUUUGCCUUCGCCAUCCGAUUCGACGGCCCCAAGUCCCGCACCUACGUGCUGGCGGCCGAGAGCCAGGCCGCCCUGGAGCGCUGGGUCAAGGCGCUCUCCAGAGCCAGCUUCGACUACCUGCGCCUGGUGGUGAGAGAGCUGGAGAAGCAGCUGGAGGAGAUGCAGGCGGCCAUCCCGGGCGCCCAGCCGGGGCUGAGACGGCGGUUGUUGUAUCGGAAAAACAAAACGGCUCCCAAUUUGGAACUGGCUGCCCUGCCACUGGAGAAACCGUCUCUGCCCGUUUGCAUCCCCGGGAAAGAGAACGGCUGUGCCUUAUGGAAUAACUCCGAAGCCUUGGCCAGCUUGUCUCCUGCCUGCAGAGAGAUAAACUCUUACAGCGGGGCCAAGAGCUACGAUGGGGGGCUCAAGCCACCACCGUUGCCCCCUCGGAGACGGUCCCUGCCGAGCAGCUCCGGUGGGACCGGCGGCCCAAGCUCGGACGGCCCCCUGUCUCCAAGCGCAGUGUGUUUUUCCCAGCUGCAUGGCUGGUACGGCCAGGAGAUUGUUGAGUUGCAGAAGGCCUGGCUGGAGGAUCAGAAGGAUAAGGACACCAGCCUUUGAACCUCCCCGGGGGUGGACAGGCACUUCCUGGAAAAACUGAACCCACACUUGGAAACCCACCAAGGUCCAUCUUGCAGAUGAGACUCCUGGAAACUUUGUCUCCAGUCUGCUGAUCGCACCCUUCCAUGAUUCAUGGAAAAGUCAUGGCCUGUGCCAGCUCACAUCUCCCCCCCCCACCUCCAAAAAUCCCCCUUCCUCAAACAUGCAAAACUUUCUAGUUCCUGGAGGCCUCCACCGUUAAGGGAUUGCGAUGAGAUGUUGGAAAAGACUUUCCUCUGGAAACACUCACAGCCCCAGCAGGCAAACGUAACGGAAGUGAGCUAGGAGCGUCUUUCGAUCUCUGGACGCACAGAGGGUUGUUUCAACGAAGCCUUUGGAGCAGGGAAGGAGGACUUCAUUUGCAGAAGCAUUGGAGGACCAUGGAAAUGGUUGGGCUUGGCUCGGUUACUUCUCCAGGAGGACAUGUGGUCCUUUGCGCCCAAUUCAGUUAAAGGAGAUUCUGGAGAUCUCCAGAAAAGACAUUGUGGGUGUGUCGUUGUUCAAGAUUCUCGUCAAUUAAAAUGGGGACAAGAUCAGGGGGGACCUUAAAACGCCCGUUCAGUCAUGAAGGCCAUUGGGGUGGGGGGGUGUCACCAUCUUGGAACCUAAAGUAUUUGGCAGGGUUGCUGGGAGGCUGGGAACCAGGCGAUGAGGUCCAUGUGUAUAACAGGCGGGGUGUAUUCUUACAAUCCAGAAACGAAAUGGGGAACUUGCAGCCUCCUCCUUCCACAGCUGCAGCACCAUCUCUUUGCCAAACCUUUGUAAGCAUUUUCUUACCUGGAACAGGAAUGUCUUCGGCCACCACCGUUUAUAACGGAGAGCUGCUUUCCCUGGAAAAUUGGCUUCAUUCGUUCUGCAGGACAGGAGUGGAUAAGAGCAGCUGUUAACGAGGCGGCCCAAAUCUUGAAUGCAAUAAACGGAGACAUCAGGCUGA